AUGGGUAUUCAACGUGGUGAUCAGACCGCCCCUGCGGCCUCUUCUGGUGCCCCGGAUCCCUUAAUACAGAAGUUCGGACAACUCCACGUUCUUGACGAUUUGAUUCGACAUCGAGCUGCGGAUUUUGUUCAACAACCAAUACUCGCAUAUCCUAACUCCGCCCAAGAUGCUGCAUCUUACAGUUACUAUACUGGGCAAGAUAUUGACCAGAUGGUCGACCAGAUUGCCUCGGGAUUGAUGGCCAGUGGCUUCCAACCACCGAAGCAAGAUGGUUGCACAGUGGCACUCCUCACACUCUCCGACCUCAACAUGGUAAUCACGUUCUUCGCUCUAAGCCGAUUGGGAUACACUGUGAUGAUGCUUUCCCCACGUCUGUCUGCAGAGGCAUGUGUCUACUUACUUGACUCGGCUCAAUGCGACACUAUCAUCUAUGGAGAUACCGGAAGCAUUCGCACAACAAUGGGAGAAAUCUUACAACGUAAAUUGGUGAGCUGUCGUCCAAUGCCAGUUGCGUCCCUCGACACUUUCGAAACGUCGCUUUUAGUCCUGCACCGCAAUCGCGAUCCCGAAGUUCGGAAAAGUAAGAUUGCACUUAUUCUCCACUCGUCAGGUUCUACAGGAACCCCGAAAACCUUUGUAUCUCACACACCGUGCCUUAAUGACGCACCCGUUGCGAGGACCGGGGUUGACCUCCUUCAAUCCACUUCCGUGGUACCAUUUGCAUGGUCUCUCUACUGCAUUGCAGGCUAUGUGGAUGAGAAAGACUGCGUACAUGUGGAAUUCGGCGAUCCCUCUGACAUCUCAAGCCGUGGUUUCGCCCACGCGGAAUCGCUUGUCUUCGAAGGUGUCAACUUGUUACUGAAGGAAGGCGUUAAGUUCAGUGGAUCAUUUGGCUUAACCGAGGCAGGGCUGGUAGCCGAGUCAAUAUCACGACCCGAGGGAGAUCCAUUUUGGAACUAUCUCAAAUUUUUUGAGAAUAUCCGACCGUAUAUCUGGAUGAAGCCAAUCGGCGACUCCCUCUAUGAAUGUGUGUAUUUAGCUGGCCAUCCAGCGUUGACAACAUCCAAUUCGAAUGAACCACCCGGCUCGUUCCAUUCGAAAGAUGUUUUCACGAAACAUCCCACAAUCCCAAAUCGAUGGAAGUAUGCAUCCAGAUUGGAUGACAGGGUCACACUUGUGAACGGGGAAAAGGUCUUACCACUUCCAAUUGAAGGGUUUAUCAAGCAAAACAGUCUUAUCGAUGAAGCUGUAGUUGUGGGACUUGGCAAAGCGACUCCGGGUCUACUAAUCAUUCGUUCGCAAGAGGCCGAGAGUCUCGACCUCAGCGACCAAGAAUUCCUUCAAGUUAUCUGGCCUACGAUUGAGGGGGCCAAUUUACGUGCCGAGCGGUUCUCUCAAAUCUCGAUCGAUCUGAUUGCCAUUCUCCCCUUUGAUUCUAAAUUUCCACGAACGGACAAAGGAUCUAUGAUUCGGGCUCAGGUUUAUGUGCUCUACGCGGAUCUGAUUGAGGGUAUCUAUGCAAAGGCUAAUAGAGUCAGCGGACAUCUUCAACUAAGCCUUGAGGAAACAAAGUCCCUCUUGAUGAACCUCUGUCGAGAUGAACUACGAAUUGCCCUUUCCAGUGUCGAAGCGAAUUUCUUCGCGGAGGGAGUUGACAGUCUCAGGGCAAUCCAGCUCCGAAGAUUGAUUCUUCAAAAUUUCUAUUUUGAGAAACAUGAAAUCUGCGUCAAUAUGAUAUACGAGACUGGUAGUGUUGCUUGUCUCGCUACAAAUAUCUGCGCGCUCCAACGAGGCGAGUUCGAGUCUGUCACAUCCAUCGAAGACAACCAGACCAUGAUACUGGAUUUGAUACAGAAAUAUUCAUCUUUCCAGAGCCAUGUUGCUCAACCUAGUCUCUGUUCAAAUUCCAAAUGUGUGGUUUUGACAGGCGCAACUGGGUCAAUUGGUGCACAUGUCUUGUAUGAAUUUCUGAAAGACGAUGCUAUUUCAGCGAUCUUCUGUCUGACACGACAAACAUCACCGAUAGAAGCCGUUCUCCAAAGUCUGGUCGAAAGAGACCUACAUGUCACAGUCGAACAGAUGUCCAAGAUCAUAGCUCUACACAGCACCCUAGAUCAGGAAAACCUCGGCCUCGACGAAGAAACAUUCAACCAAAUAAAAAGCAAAACAACACACAUCAUCCACGCCGCCUGGCCAGUCAAUUUCAACCUCCCACUCUCUGAAUUCGAACCACACAUCCAGGGACUCCACAAUCUCAUCAAGCUAUCCCUCUCCGUCCCACAGUCCGCCCCAGCCGUUCUAAUAUUUUGUUCCUCGAUAUCGACAACCCUCCAGUCUACCGACGAAGAAAUCUCAGAAACUCCAGCCAAGCUCACAGACGCAUACAUGGGCUACGGACAAUCCAAAUUAAUCGGCGAGCACAUCGUUGACAAUGCCCGCAAUUCAGGAGCACACGCCUACUCCCUUCGGAUCGGCCAAGUAUCCGGUCACUCGAGGAAGGGUCUGUGGAAUGACUCGGAGGCACUACCAUUGCUUAUCCGGUCAGCGUUGACUCUAGAGGCACUACCGGAUCUAAGUCAUACUUGCAGCUGGAUUCCAGUUGACAAGCUAGCCUCUACAAUUGUGGAGAUAGCCCAAACAUGCACUUAUCCAAUUACAAAAUCAAGUUCCUUGGAUAGUGAAAGCAGCCAAGAUGAAAGACAAAUCUCCUGCAUUGUACCAGCAAGGCGGGCAAAUGGGCAAAAUGACUCGCUUUACAACGUGUGCAAUUCUCGUGAAUUCACAUGGUCGUCUAUGCUCUCCGCUUUGAGGCAUAAUGGAUUCCAAUUCGAGACUGUCAGUUUUGAAAAAUGGAUGCAAGGACUUCGCCAGAGUGAGGAGCGGGGUGAAGAGCAUAUCAACCCCGCAGUCAAGCUCAUCGAUCAUUACGUGGCAAUGUACGGCGAAAAUUCAAAACUUGGCCCGAAGAGAUUCAUGACGGAGAAGGCUGAGCGCGGCAGUGAUACUCUGAGGAAUGGAAGAUUGGGAAUAAUCGAAGAUGGGAUAUUGAAUUGCUACGUGCGGGAUUGGAUGAAGCGGUGGAUGAAGGCUUAG